UGCGCGAGGGCAGUAGCUUCGGCGCGUGCCCUUUGGGCCGAGGGCAGGCGGCGCCCGCGGGCUCUGGCUCAGACUCGCGGCGGCAUGCGGCGGCUCGACUAGGCCCUCGCUAGGGAUGAGUCAUGUGCGGGUCCUGCUUGCGUGGUGUGCCCUCAGCAGCUGCUUGGCGUCGAUCGGCGCCAUCGACUUUUGGACCCUGGAUGACGAUUACAACAAAAAUCUUCCACCUGGCAAAAACAUGGUGGUGUCCGUCUCGCUGUUCAUCAACCGGGUCUCCUCCGUCGACGAGAACAAAGAGGAAAUUGCCAUCGACGUGUUUCUGCAAGUGUACUGGGAGGACCCCCGCGUGCACCUGGUGGCCAACAGGGACCACGUGGAGCUGACCUGGGCGCAGCGACACUCCUUCUGGGUGCCUGACCUCUACAUCAGGCAGCUCAGGGACAUGCGGCUGAUGCAGGUGUUUCAGGAGAUGGCCUCCGUGCGCCUCUACGCCAACUCCACCUUCAGGGUCUCCAUAGGGGCCACUGUGAUCAUAAAAUGUGAUAUGGACUUUGACCUGUACCCUCUGGACAUCCAGCGGUGCGCCGUCGAUUUCAGCAGCUACAAGUACACCGUCGACGACAUGACCUUCAAGUGGCGGGACGACCCUGCGCUCAGCUUCCCUAGUGACUUUGGAGAUGGUUACCGACUGCCCAAAUAUGUGGUAUCUUUCAACGCCGAACAAGAGGAGCAGGUUAUCUUCUAUGGUGAAGGUAACCACUCUACGGCCCGACUUAUGAUCACCCUGAGCAGAGAGUUGCAGUCGUACCUGCUGGAAACUUACCUGCCCAGCUCACUGUUUGUGACAAUUUCUUGGGGCAGCUUUAUUGUCAACCCCGAGCUUGUUCCUGGCAGGAUGGUCCUCUUGGUGACUACCUUGCUCAGCUUGGUCACCAUGUUUGACACCGUUAGAAACAAUUCACCGAACGCCCUGGAGCUCAAGUGCAUUGAGGUUUGGCUGAUCUCUUGCAUUUUAUUUGUGUUUGUGGCGCUGCUCGAGUACUUUGUGGUGCUCUUUGCGAUGCGCUAUGACAAGCACUGGCGCCGAAACAAAGCGCAAAACAGCCUAGGAAUUGUGGCCAGCUUGGCGGCGAGAGCACGUCAGGCGCGUGGCUCCAUGUCUGCCGCCUCCGGGGGACCACCGGCGGUCCAGAUCAGCUCAGAACACGGAAGCCCCCGUAGAGACAGCAGUGCGAGAAUGCUGCCCACCAACAACCACUUCCACGCCACCUUAGCCACUCCUGAAGACGACACAGCUGAGUGCAGUUUAGACGAUGUCCACGUCAACUGCAUCAAUCGCAAGAGUCCGUCGGGGGACCGGCUGGCUGUGCUGCGGCGAGUUUUUCCCCGAGCCGCCAUGCCUCCGCUUGCCACCCCUGAGGUGCUGCAGCCGGACGAUGGCCUCGAGUUACAAGAAAGAGGCAUGGUUGACCACAGAGAAAGUGCAGUUUACACCUUCCGGGAGACAUCUCCUCAGCGACGGAGCUUCCUACUACCAAUGUCACCUCGUCAUUGGCCCUUUCUCUGCGGUUCCCAUGGCCAGAGACGCCGAGGAGCCACAAGUCCUCCUCCUGAGCAGCGAGACUCCCUGACGGACAAUGAGGCAGGCGGCUCAAUCAAAGAGAGAAGAAGUCGAGCCUUUGCCGAGUACUGCGUCUCGUUUUGCGGAUCGUCGCGCGGCACCCUCGAUCAGGGCUCUCUACUUCUUUUCCCGCUCGUCUUCAUCCUCUUCACCAUCGUCUACUGGGUGUCGUACAUGAGCGAGGCCGCCCACCGAGUGGCCAUCCACAGCUGAUUGGAUUUUCUAUUUGAAACAUGUAGUUUGCAAGCAGCUUUGAAUUUUUCUAUAUUCAACUUAAACGCUAUAGUCUCCGGAAUUUAGAGCUUUUGGCUGAAAUCUAGCCAAACCACUUGAUAUUAAUUACAAAAAGCUACAAAAUGCCUUCAAAGAAGCUUAUUCCGCUACUUGCUGCAUAUUGCACUCCAACGAUCCCAGUUUUAAAGGGUUGAGAAAAGAGGAGAAUUUUAAUUUUUAAAUAUUCAUACCCAGAUGUUUUUGCCUUAAAAUGUUCAUAAUUAUAUUGUGUAAUUUUCCCAAGAACCAAAGUUUUGCGCGACAAGUCUGGCCUCCACAUGAAAAGCGUACAAAUUUAGGAAAAGUGUGAGUCAGAGUUUUUCUCAACCCGCAUAUGAUGAUUGCAUUGUUAUAGCAGUAAUAACUGUAGUUUAUUGUAUUAUUAAAGAUAGUUAUAAGAGAGGAGUUGUAGAUUAUUCACGUAAAAUUGAAUGGCGGAUUCGCUUCACGUAAGAGUAAAGAACGAGGACCAAGGCAAAAUUGAGAAUACGGCAUUGCCUCUCAGUAUCAAAACUGUCUCGUUGAUUUAAAUCUCUCACAAAACACGUAAUAACCAAGUCUGAAAUCACCCAAGUGCCUGUUUACGGUCCAAAAUGGAAAACGUCUCUUUUGAUUCUAAAUUGCUUUCGCGCGCGCUCUCCUUUCUCCGUCCGACUCUGAAGUAAUGAAGUAAUGUCUAGUGUCUUUUGCACUCGCGCGUCGAGGAUGCAAAUAAUUGAGACGACAAGAGCACUUCACUCACUUACUCUCUCUUUACGUGAAAGAGAGAGAGAAAGAGUGAGAAAAAUACUACAUAAGCACGCAGCUUUUCAGCUUCAAUCUUGCACUGAGAGGAAAGUGGUGAAUUUGACUGCUAUCCUUUUUUUCUCACUCCAUAAAAAAGCUUUUUAUAAAAAAAAGAAAUAUAUUCGUUAGAACGUAGCAUUUUCAAUUUACACAGAGACACGUUGGCGCACACCAACCAUACAUUUAAAAAUAUAAAUAAUAUAAAUCGCAGGAGUGCUCUCCUCUGACGAUGGAUUUUGUUUCAUUCGCAGAGGAAGAGUUUCCUGGCAGAAUGCUGGAUCGAGCUUUAUUAAAAUAAUAAAUUAAAUUUAAGGCUUCUUACCAACAAUGGAAAUUAUCAAUGCGUCUAGCAAUAAAAAGCAUUAACGACAUAGAAAUCCUCUAGCUUAAUGGAUAAGGACGAUUUUGUAUUGUAACCUCUACUUCAUUAAGGAAUAAAAUUUACAAGUUUGUUGCUAAUGCCAAGCAGCUAGG